AUGUUCGAGACGCUGGCGCGCCACAGGGGGCCCAUGACCGACGUUGAGCUGGGCAACAGCAGCGGCGUUCACAGCGCGGCUGUGCCGCUGGCCGUCACCUUGGAGGAAACAUAUGAAGCUGACGGUGCAAACAGGGCAAGCACAAGCAGUAACCUGAGCAGCAGUGAUAGCAGCUGGAGCGAACCCUCCAUCAACGGGGGCAGCUUGCCCCCAAAUGCCGCCCCAGGGUGGCGCGCUCGCGUCCGGUCUGUCCUGUGCUGCUUCGCGCCGCCGCCGCACGCCCGUCUCGCGGCGUCCCAGCUGCAGCUGCCUGUCGCGCGGGUCGCGGUCGCCCCCCGUGCGCGGGCGGGCGUGGUGGCGCCAUGCACCGCUCGAAUUGGCGCCGUCGCCGGCUCCAUGCACCGCCGUGAGCACCCAGAAUGUGGGCAUGCAGCUGACCAUCGUCAGCAGCAGCAGCAGCAGCAGCUGGCGCUGCAUCAUCAUCAGCAGCAUCAGCCGCAGCAGCAGCAGCAGCAGCAGCAGCAGCAGCAGCAGCAGCAGCAGCAGCAGCAGCAGCAGCAGCAGGAGCGGCAGCAGGAGCAGCAGCAGCAGCAGCAGCCGGUCAACCCCCAUCGCGCCCCGCCCGGCCGCGAGCUCAUGUCCCGCCCCACCAGCGGCCCCUGCAUCAUCGCAAGCGCUGCCCCGACCGGCUCCAUCGCCGCAGCCCCCGCCGCGCCGGCCGCGCCGCUGCCGCGGCAGCACGUGCUGCCGCGGCCUCCGUCGCCGCAGCCGCGCGCCGUCAUCGGCCCCAAGCGGCCCGCCGACGCCCUGAAGAAAACCCUCGUGCUUGACCUGGACGAGACCCUGGUGCACAGCAGCUUCCGCCCGGUUACUAAUCCUGACUACAUCGUCCCCGUCGACGUCGACGGCCGGCUGGUGGACGUGUAUGUGAUCAAGCGCCCCUGGGUGGACGAGUUCCUCGCCGCCGUCGGGCAGCAUUUUGAGGUGGUGGUGUUCACGGCCAGCCUGGCCGCGUACGCCGACCCCCUGCUUGACCUGCUUGACAGCACCCAGACAGUUCGGUGGCGGCUUUUCAGGGAGGCCUGCCUGCCCCUGCAGGGGAGCUACACCAAAGACCUGCGCUGCCUGGGGCGCGACCUGGCAUCCACUGUUAUAGUGGACAACAGCCCCCACUGCUACAUCUUCCAGCCCGAGAACGCAGUGCCAAUCAGCACCUUCAUCGACGACCCCGAGGACCAGGAACUCCUGUCCAUCCUGCCGCGCCUGCUGCAGCUGGCAUCCGCGCCUGACGUGCGCGAUAUCAUGGGACCCCUGAACGUUGCCGACUACAGGUCGUUGCAGGCAGAGCGCCGGGAGGCCGAGGCGCGGAAGCGGCAGCACAUGAAGCGCCAGCAGCAGCGUGACGCGGCGGCGGCGGCGGCGGCGGCGGCGGCGACGGCGGGCGUGGCGGCCGCCGCAGCGACGGGCCGGCGGUCGGCGGCCGUGCUUAUCGGGCCGCCGCCGGCGGUGGCGCAGGCUGUGGCGCUCAGGUGCUGA